AUGAAAUCGCUUAUCAUCAAAUGCAAACCCGAGGCCUCACAUCGGGAAGCGCCGCAUGAAAAGUCAACAAAUACUCGAGAAAACGAACGGCAAAACGCGCCCAAGCUUACCGUCCGAGUGCCAAGUCCUUUCCCCUACGAAAGCGACAACGCAGUACCAUGGGUUUAUGACGUGCAAAGCUUGCCGUCGUUAGAAUCAUCGAAUAUCAUCGGGAUUGGAGGAAUGACUAGAAGUGGAUGCGUUUAUACCCCCAAGGACUUAGGAGACAAAUCCCCGAAAGGAAAGGACAAAGAGGAAGGAAGGACGGAGUGCGAUAAAGAAGAUGAAUUUCUUCAGUUCAUUCGACAAAGCGAAUAUUGCAUCCUUAAUCAGCUUAACCAUACCCCCGCAAAAAUCACUUUGCUUUCGCUGAUCAUGAGCUCUGAACCACAUCAAAAGGCUCUGCUGAAAGUUUUGAAUGAGGCCUACGUGGCACACCACAUAUCCCAAGACAAGUUUGAAGGGAUCGUGAGUCACCUCACGGCUAACGAUCAUUUAACCUUCACCGAUGAUGAGAUACCCAAUGGUCGACCGAACCACAAUAAACCCUUGCAUAUAUCCGUAAAGUGCAAGGAUUUUCUCAUCGCCAAAGUCUUGGUAGAUAACGGGUCUUCGCUGAAUGUAUUGCCUAAAGGCACCUUUGACAAGCUAAUGGUUGAAGAAGCUCAGAUGCAACCAAGCAAUAUGAUCGUUCGAGCUUUCGACGGAUCUCGAAGAGAAAUAAUGGGAGAAGUCGUCCUACCCAUUCAAGUAGGGCCCACAGUUUUCAACGUAGAAUUCCAAGUAAUGGAUAUUGCGCCCGCUUACAGCUGUCUCCUAGGAAGGCCAUGGAUACACCAAGCAAGGGCAGUACCCUCCACGCUUCAUCAGAAGGUCAAGUUCGUAGUGGAUAAUAAGAUGGUGGUAGUUAAAGAAGAGGAGGAUAUGAUUAUCAGCAAACCGUUGACUGUUCCAUAUGUAGAUGCGGCCGAAGAAGCAUUGGAAACGGCUUUCCAAGCACUGGAAAUCGCUCAUGUAGAAAAGAAUUCGAACAAGAACCCAGCAGCACGAAUCUUAUUCAAAAACGGUUAUCGAUCGGGACAAGGACUUGGAAAGAGCGCUCAAGGGGCGAAAGAAUUCCCGAACCACAUAAGCAACCCAGGGCGACGAGGCUUGGGGUACGAGCCAACGACAGAACCCAGGAAGGGAGGGACAACCGCCCCUGCUCUAUACGAAAUCUUUCAGAGCGCAG